AUGGCUCCUUUGCAAGCAUCCACCAUGCUUACUUCGGCAUUGUCUCUUCUGAGCUGCUUUCAAGCUUCCCUUGUUGCAGCUGGUCCCGUUACUCGUCGAUCUGACCUUGUCGUCAAAGACUUCCAUCCCGCUCCUAAGGCCUGGACGAACCUGGGCCCUGCGCCGGGUGAACAUCUCAUUCGCUUAACCAUUGGUCUCUCGCAAAGUCGCUUUGACGAACUUGAACGCCAUCUUUAUGAAGUCUCCGAUCCAUCACAUGCCCGUUAUGGCCAGCACUUGUCAGCUGAAGAAGUCCAUGACCUUGUGAAACCCUCAGAUGAGACCUCGGCGGCCAUCCACGAAUGGCUACAGGAAUAUGACGUUAACGUUGAGCAACUCACCUACAGCCCGGCCAGGGAUUGGAUUACAGUCUCCCUGCCCGUCUCCACGAUUGAGGACAUGCUGAACACGGACUACUCGGUCUGGGAACAUCCUGACGGAUCGACACUCGUGCGCACGGAAGGGUAUUCCCUGCCCCACUAUGUUCACAAACAUAUCAGCACGAUCCAGCCAACAAAUUCGUGGGCUCGACUUGAGGGCAAAAAGAAGAGAAGCGAGAUCGGGAAGCGCUCUUUGGUCAACAAGCGUAGCUCUCAUGUGCUCGAAGCUGCAGACACUUACUCGCCCCCCGAUGCGGUUCCUUUGCCCGCGAACUCCACCGUUUAUGCUGCAUGUAAUUUCACCUCGGUGACUCCAGACUGCUUGCGCACCCUUUACGGCACCAUUGACUAUGAGGUCAAGGCGGCCGGACAGAACAAAAUGGGCCACACAAAUUACUUGAGUGAGGCCACCAACCGCUCGGACAUUCACAUCUUUUUGUCCAAGUACCGACCUGACGCAGCUGCGUAUGCGUACCAGUUUGAGGCUAUUUCCAUUGCCGGUGGUGUCCUGGACAAUGGCACCAACGUCGCCGCAGAGGAUCUGGAUAGAGAAGCAGACUUGGAUGCGGAUUACAUGCUUGGCAUUGGCUACCCGACGCCCUUGACCGCAUAUCACACCGGUGGGAGAGAUCCGUCCUUUGUGCCCGACUUGGUGACGCCUACCAACAGCGACGAGCCUUUUCUGGUGUGGGCCAAUUAUAUGGCAGGGCUGCCGGAUGACGAGGUUCCCCAAGUCAUUUCCACCUCUUACGGCGAUGACGAGCAAACUGUCAGUCGUUCUUAUGCCCAAGCGGUCUGCAACCAAUUCGCGCAACUAGGAGCACGAGGCGUGUCGUUGUUCUUUUCCAGUGGUGAUUUCGGGGUCGGGUCAGAUGGGCAGUGUUUCAGCAACGUGGACAACACCACCGCCAUGUUCCUUCCGUCGUUUCCCACUGACUGCCCCUAUGUGACCACGGUUGGAGCGACAACUGGCUAUCCUGAAUCGGCGGCCUGGAGGCUGCUGAGUGACGGAGGUAUCUUCACGAGUGGAGCGGGCUUCAGCAACUAUUUUGACAUGCCCGCCUACCAGGCCGAGACUGUGAAUGCAUAUGUCGACAGCCUCGGAGGGCUCUACGAUGGACUCUAUAACAAAUCAGGACGCGCCUACCCUGAUAUUGCCUGCAUUGGACAGGUGUUCCCGAUCACAUGGAAUGGUAGCACACUCAACCUAGUUGGCACCUCUGGUUCUUCACCCAUCUGCGCGUCUGUAUUCACGCUGCUGAACGAUGCGUUGAUCUCUGAGGGACGCCCUCCCAUGGGUUUCCUCAAUCCUUGGUUGUACAAAUGGGGCCAUACCCUCUUCACUGAUGUCACGAACGGCACGUCCGCUGGCUGUAAUACGACUGGAUUCCCUGCCACGACUGGGUGGGAUGCGGUGACCGGCUGGGGAACCCCCUACCUUCCGAAGCUGCUCGAUGCUUUUGGCUUGAAGAAGUAA